GGAGAGCGGAGCACGUGCUUUAUGAAAGUGACGCAACCGUUAAUACUUACAACACAAAAGCCAACUGAGACGUAAUCACCAAACUUUUGUGUAUCUGCCAAAGCAGGUAGAAGGGUCUUCACCUAAUGGCUUACUAUGACAUUUCAUUCAAAGCAUCGGUUGAGAGUGUUUUAUUAAUGAAACAUUGACGAAUUAACUUAUGGAGGUACUUUUUGAAAGUGCUGGUCCUGGAGUACAUUGCUACUCUCCAUUUCUGAAAUCUCAAUCAAAAAAUAUAACAUUUAGCUUAGAAGAACUUUGUAAGAACGUUAUUUUGAAAUGCAUAACUCUACGGAGGUUAGCAACAUGUGUUAUGGAACUUCCAUUACCAAAGCGUUUAGCACAGUAUAUCACUGAAUUAACAACAAUGGAUUUCGAACAAAUAGAAUGUGCUCCUUUCUGCGAUAUUUUCAGCUUAAAUUUCUUCCACAGAGCUUUAACAUAUCGUGUGAUGUGUUUAAGAGAUGGACAGGAAUACAUGAUUUCUUAUGGUUAUAGUCCAGUGGAAGAUCUAAAGCUAAUAUAUAGCCAUGAAAAAUGGGUGCAAGCACAACAUAAAAACAUAAUGUGCAUUUGUGCCACUGUGAAAGAUCUAACGACUGAAAACGUUUUUUAUGUUUACGACCAACCUUAUGCUUCUCUAGAACAACUGUGGAAUGUGUUUUGCAACAGAAAUCAAAUGAUUCCAGACAUAUUUUUUAUUCGGUUGACAACAGAUGUUUGUGAAGCUCUUAGGUACAUAUUGCUUCAAGGAUUACGGUAUAACUGUUUUGGUUUAGAUAAUAUAUUUGUUGUUCAUGACAGACUGGUGAUUGAAAAUGGUCUUAUGAGAAAAAAAACUAUAUUCCUUGUAAAUGACAAUAAAAGAACGUGCUCGGAGGAACUAAACAUGAUUCACGAUUUGUCUAGCGUAUUGAAGCAAUUGUUGGAGAGUUCAAACAGUAAAAUUUCGCAAACUAAUAUUCUAAAAAACAUUCUAGAUGCUUUAGAAAAUCAUGAAACAAUCAGUGGUGUUCUUCAAACGAUGAAUUCUUUUGAAACUGAAACUAAUUCUUUUUCGUUUUGGCAACUGACAAGAAGCUUACUUGGAAGUGACUAUUAAAAAUGUUCCUAAAAGCUCAAAUAUUUUUAUUUCCUUUUUAUUUAUAGGAAACUUGUUUUGGUGUAAAAGACGAGUUCAUUGUGAUAAUUGAUACGUUUUAAAUUGUUCAAUUCACAACCAAGUAUUAUCAAAAUGUUUUGUAAAUAUACGAACGAUUUUCUUGUGAUAAAGGCAUGGUUUGGAAAAAUCGAGAAAACAAAAUGUGUUUCUAUGUAUAUGAAAUUAAUAAUUUAAUUUAUAUAAAUGCUGAGUUUUGAAAAUUAAACUCUGAUAAAAAUUUG